UGCGAGUUGUGCUCACCGCGCGGGUGGUGUGUAUGUACACCGCGCUGUUUCGAGAUCGGCGACCGCGUUUCGCGUUCUCCCGUCUUUUCGGAUUUUUCCUCGCCCUCGCUCGGCCGAAGGAGUGCGUUUUCCGUUUCUCAGCGCCUCGUUUUGUCCCUUUUUCUUGUUCGUCGUCCAGCUUCUCUCCUGGCACUUCUCCUCGCCGGCAUCUCUCGGUCUCGCUGGGCGCUGGGGGCGUCACUUCUGCCUUCUCGAGAUUCAGGUGUACCUACACUCUCCUCCGCGGCGACAGGGUGACUCGCGUAAUACUUCGCACGCGCUCCUGUCGCGUUGUCUGUCGACCUGACUCGCUCUGCUUUCCUUUCGGUGCGGGCCAAACUGGUUUUUGCGCCUUUUCUCAAGUCAGUCGACCCCGAGAGCGCCUCUCCUUUUCCUGCGAAAAAGAGUCGCGAGGAACGGCUCCCGAGCUCCCUCGUUUCCUCCAGACCUCGUGCGCAGGCAGUCAGAGUUGGUUUUCCGUUUGAUGACGUUCCUCGGCCUCUCCUCUCCACUGCGACACAGUCUGAAACUCCUUUCUUCCCGACAGUCACCGCUUCCGUGUGCUCUCUCCCUUUUCUGAGGACGUCUGCUCACCCGUUCCGCCGUUCGUCGAGUGUACGUACACCUCUCUCACCGAGUGAUACCGGGUGAUCCAGCCACCGUCUCCCUGUUUGUGUACAGACGCGUUCUUUUACUGCCCUGCCUGCAGCUUUUCGUUCGUUCUUCCCAAUCGUAUCGCGGGGUGCCGCGUCGCUGGCGACCCUGCUUCGUCUGCGUUGUCGAUCCGUCCUCUUUCGACUACUUUCUGUUUCGACACCUUGCCGCUCUUCCAAAGAAAGACCCUCUCUCUGUGUCGCACCCGGACUCUGCGUCUUGCCGCGCAGCACCGAGAAACACAGUUUCCUCUGUCGCCGUCCGCGGCCUCCGCUCCAGGCAAAGAGGUCUUCUCCGCAAGUCCUGUGUGAGCGUGCGGUGGAUGUACACCCGAGUGUUUGCCGCGGUCGACACGGCGCGGGGUCCGGAUUAAUCCUCUUCGUCUUCCACUCUCUUUCACCAAAAUGUCGUCACUUUUCUCCCAAGAAAAAAUCGACAAGCUCGCAGACAAGCUGGGCGUCUUCGUCUCCGUCGCCAGCGAGAAGGUCAAGGAAGUCACUGAGAAAACGCUGAGCAAAGACAGCCCCCUGGAGAAGAAUCUGAAGGAGGCGACGAGUGACAAAAACUGGGGAUGUCCGACCACGAUUUUGAGCGAAAUUGCGAGAUGUUCCUUCAACUGCACGGACUACUUGCAGAUUAUGAAGUUCCUGUGGACAGCGUUGUCGGAGCCUCCGAAGAAGUGGAGAAGAAUCUACAAGGCUCUGACGUUGCUCGAGUAUCUUCUGAAGAACGGCUGCGAACGAGUUGUCGAGGAAACGAGAGAAAACCAGUUCGCGCUCCGCGUUCUUCAGCAGUUCAGCUUCACGGAGGAAGGUCGAGACAAGGGAGCAGGAAUUCGCGAAAAAGCGAAGCUCGUCUGUCGGCUUGCCUUUGACCCGGAGCUGCUCAAGGAGGAACGAGAGACAGCCCAGAAAAACAGGAACAAGUUUGUGGGGAUUGGCGCGCGCGGCGAGCGGACCGGUUCGGGAUUUUCUGCGUCAGGGCCGUCCAGUUCUUUCUCGAGUUCCUCUGCCUCCUUCUCCUCCUUCUCGUCGAGCGGCCUGAACUCGCUAGGCACACGUAUGCGCGCCGGCGAACUCCACACGGCAGGGCGUCCCUUCGGUGCUGCGCGCCCUGGAGCGCUCAGCCCUGCAGCUUCCAAGAGUCGAGACGAACGCCAGAGCCCGGCCAAUUUCCACCGAGGCGAGACGGAGGACAGCCGCAGCAGCGACCGUCGCGCGUCGCCGGCCGGGAAGCACGCGCAUGCAAGCAAAAGUCGCGAGGAGGAGAAGAAAGAGCGAAAGAAGGGGACCAGCAAGAAGAAAGAAGACAAGGAGGAGACAGAAAAGAAUCGACGCAGACACCGAAGCAACGAACAAAUCACACCCAGCGACGACUUGCUGGCACUUGAUGAGCCUCCGAGCUCGUCGCGUCCCGAAGGCGGAAGCGCCGCGCCUGCCUUCCCCACAGAUUCUCUCUUUGGAAAUGAUGACAACUGGGGGAACUUCACGGCAGCGCCUGCGGCUGCAUGCCCGCCGUCGGGCAGCAGAGGCAACGCGUUGCCGCCGGAGUUGUUUCCUUCUUCCUUGUCUUCUGCAAAUCCGUGGAGCAACCCAACUGUCAACGGCGCCAGCAACGGCGGCACUGCAACCGACUUCUUUGGCAGUUUCCAAGCGGCGCCGCAGCCGGCGACGACUGGGGUUGCAUCUGCUGCUUCUGCCAAGUCCGUAGACUUUUUCGCUGAGGCGUCACAGCCGCCGCCAGCUGCGGACAGAAAUCCCUUUGCCUCAGCAGCGCCCUCGACUGCCUCCCAGGCUCCGAAGGAAGGCUUCUUCGCCGAUUCGAGAUUCGCCAUGGUGAACAUAAACCUCACAGACGCCGGGACACAAGCGCGAACGCAGCCGGCAGCCGGCGCGGCCUUCGGGGGUGUCGCGGCUCCAGCCUUCGCUGUCUCUGGCCCCGGUUUGAAUGCAAAUCGCGCACCCCCGCCGACGGGGUUCGGCGACGCUGGAGCUUCUCCCGCUGUCGCAGCGCCUGCGUUUUCCACCGCUUCGGCGCCAGGCGCUUUCCCUCCGGCGGCUGCGGGACCGUUUUGCGGCCAGGCCGCUUCUGUUCAUAUGGGCAAUGCCGCGGCGUCGCAGCCGAGUUUUCCGCAGCAGCCGACCCCCCCACAAGGAGGCGGCGUUUCUGCCUUUCCACCAGCCUUCGGGGCCUUCCAGGCGGCGCCCGCGUUUGGAGCCCUAGGCAGCGGUGUGCCGAGUGCGGGUGGCGUCGGCGGCGCGGCACUCUUUUCUCAGUUCCCCGGAUCUCCUGCUACGACGGGGUUCUGAAAACACCCGAGACGCGCGACGGUGCGCCUCUGCGGGCGACGACACCCGCUGAUCACAGAAGGACCUUUCGAACUCGAACUCUUUGAACUCAAGGAGUACACCAAACUGUCUCCAGGGACCGUAACGACCGUCUACCGUCUGUGCGUCCGAGUGCAGCCUCGGGGGGGGGGGGGAAGCGGCCUCCGAGAAAAAAAAGACAAGGAGUCGCGAAGGAAGCUGGCUUGCUCGCAGUCCGACGCUCGAGUUCCAGUUCGCGUACGCAGUUCGAGGAAAAGACACGGCGCAAUCUCGAGGUGUACAUACACCGUGGGGGCGGUGCUGGCGCGUGGUUGUUCUUCCAUGUUUUGAAAAGGAACGGGACGAGUCCGUGUGGUAGAGGGGGAACGGUGAAGGGCGAGAGCAAGCGGCAGAGGGAGGAGUCGAUAAGAGAGACCAGCCUCGCGGUCAAGAGGAAAGAGUGUUUCGUGAAUCACAAGCAACGAUGGAAAGCUGUGGGGGGAAAGAAGAGCUUUUCUUCGAGGAUUUCGUACACAGGGAAGACGUUUUUGCGUGGACGGCACCCCAACAAGGAAUAUGGGAGGCAAGUCUGUUUCUUAAGAACGGCAGCGACCGGAGGUGUACGUACACCCCAAAAAGAAGUGUUUUUUUAUCUUUUCUCGUUUGUUGUUUGUAGCCCUGUCGCGUGAGCGGGGUUCUCCUGAGGAACGGCCUAGCGGGAGAGUCGAGAAAUCCUUUGCUCGCUGUCUCUUUCACCACUGUGACAGAAAGCCUGUUGCCUAGACACAAGCCACGGUUCGGGGAAACGGGGCGAGUAUUUGCCACUACAUAGAAUUGGGACAACAUCGAGAAAAAUGGAGAGCAAAAUGUCGCACUGAAACGCAACAGAAGACGCGAAAAGACGAAUGCAGCAACAGUGAGUGAACACGGAGCCUCCUCAGGUCCCGUCUGUCGAUACACCGGGUCGCUGUAACUAAUCAUCACACUGGCGUUUCACAUGCGCAUUUUAACGGCAGAGGCACAGGACUCCACGGCAGAGAACACAAGACAGAAAGGAAGGCAAACCGCUCGCAGACGUUCCCAGAAGCUGCUAGGGGAAAGUUGACCCUGUCUACUGUCGAGAGUCAAGGUUCCUUGGAAGAGUUUCACACCAAAACAUGCGGAGGAGCC